AUGUCUCCCACCGACGUCUUUCGCCAAGGAUCGACCGCCUUGAUCACCGGAGCAGGAUCAGGCAUUGGCCUGGCCAUUGCCAAGAUGUGCCGUAGCAAGGGUAUGCGUCUGCUGCUUGCUGACAACAACGAGCAAGCUCUCGAGGCGUUGACGAAGGAACACUUUGCAAAUGAUUCUGAAGUCGUCACCUCCAAGGUUGACGUUUCAGUAACGUCAGACUGGCAGGCACUGAAAGACCUUGCGCUAGAGAAGUUUGGAAGCAUCGAGUUCUUGGCUCUGAAUGCUGGUCGAGGUAUGAGGGGUACAUGGGGAGAUGAAGCCUUCUUCCGAGAUACACUGGAAACCAAUCUUUUCGGCGUUAUUCAUGGCAUCAACACAUUUCUCCCUGUCAUUCAAGACGCCGCCAAGUCGAAACCGACGAGUAUCGUCAUCACGGGCAGUAAACAGGGAAUUACCAACCCUCCUGGCAACGCAGCCUACAACGCCUCCAAGGCUGCAGUCAAGACCCUGGCCGAACAUUUGAGCUGGGAUCUUAAGGACCAGAGCACAAGCGUACAUCUACUUGUUCCUGGCUGGACUUUUACUGGCAUGACUGGCGCAAGCCCGAGUCAAGAGAAGCCAGCUGGAGCUUGGACCCCGGAUCAAGUCACGGAGUAUCUCUACGAGAACAUGGGCAAGGAUGUUUUUUACAUAAUCUGCCCCGACAACGAUGUUUCGGAAGAAAUGGACAAGAAGCGCAUGACGUGGGCUGCAGGCGAUGUUGUUCAGAGGCGACCUCCUUUGUCGCGAUGGCGUGACGAGUGGAAGGAGAAGGCAGAGGAGACAAUGGCGCAGAUGGAUAUCUGA